AUGCUCUUCUGCAAAGAAAAUCCAAAUAGACCUCUAUUUUACUCCUAUUUUGUGCAUAUGAUUUUAGAGAUUAAUGGUAUUAAGUCCAAGGAAGAGGACUUGGUUGAAGCUCCAAAGAUUAUGGAUGAAUACAGAGUUUCCAUGAUGAGGUAUUAUAGUGAAACUGAUGGCGUGUACUACAAUAUUGGGAAAUAUGGUAGGAAGGUAUAUGAUGACAAGAUUGUGGAGCGGGUUAAGGAUCCCUCUUAUGAGGCUAGUGGGUCAUCUUUUGGUUUAUUACCUGUUGAUGUGAAGACUUAUCUUGAUGAGCUAGUUUGGAAGAUUUUGGCUGACAAGAAGAUUAGGGAGAAGGGGAUCAUGGCAUGCAUUGAUAGUGUAUCUAAGGAAAGUUAG